UCAAACAAACAAACCAAACAGACAAACACAAGCUCAGCACAUAGCAAGUAAUCCCCCCGACACACAAACACACACUACAAACAGCAACUUACAUCAAGGGUCCCGUAUUUACUCCUCCUUUAUCUGGAGAACUCCCUCUCAAAAGUCCCUUUUAGCUGACCCUGUUCGCACCUCCUCCCAAGGUGCCCCCAACACUCGGAGCUCUUAUUAUUUGUAAUAAUUCAAAGUAGCUUUACUGAAGUACUUCUUCCCUGUUUCCAAACAGGAAAUAAUUGAUGGAAAUAGGAGUGUUGAGAGAAUAAUAAAACGGUUUUAAAGGACAAAUUUCCAGAGUCUGAAGAAAAAAUUUUUCAAAGUAAUAUACUGAAGUGAAAGUGCCUUAUUAAAAUCACUGAGAACGUAUUUUAAACAACUUUUUUUUAUUUACCAUUUUUCUUGUAUUUGGAUAUAUUUUUAAGGCUACUGAUAGAUCUUUAUAUUGAUAGCAGCUGUUGCUUUUAAUCAUGAACUGUGGAAAUCAGUUUGUGGAAACUCUGAAGAAAGUUCGUUAUCCAAAAGUUGAUGAGCUUAAUGGAGAAGACUUUGACUGGUUGUUUGAAACUGUGGAAGAUAAAUCAUUUUUGGAGUGGUUUUGUGGAAAUGUGAAUGAGCACCAUAUAUUAACUGAAAAAGAACUGCAAGCUUUUGAUGCUCUUCUUAAAUCUGGCAAGCCCAUUUUAGAAGAGGCAGCUUUGGAUGAAGUUCUUACAACCUGCAAGACCUUGGAUUCAAAAUCCAGUAGCAUGGAAGAAGGAGAAGUCCAGAAGCUAGAGGAGGAGUUUCAGGCUCUUCAGAAAAUUAAAAACCUAAAAAUUCAUCGUCGUAAUAAGCUGCAAAUGAUAGCCUCAAUAAACAGCCAUAUGUCACUGAAAUUAAAUGAUAAAGCAGAAGAAGCAGUUAAAAUUCUGAAAGAGGGACAAGGAAUUUUCACUGCUAUAAAUACUAAGAUAAAUAAUGAACUUCACUCUCUUACUGAUGGAAUUAAGAAGCUGACCUUUUUUUUCACCUCUGACUCAGAGCAAGGCUUAGGUCCUCACCCAGUAUUUUUAUCCCAGCUUGCCUUGGAUAAAUAUUUGUGUCAGGAAGAGCAAAGCACUGCAGCACUUACUUCAUACACAAAAAAACAGUUUUUUCAAGGUAUAGCUGAAUUGAUUGAAAGCUCAAAUGAAGAAAAUUUUCAACUUGUAGAUAUAAGCAAACCAUUAGUUUGUGAUGAGAAUAAUGAAGUCUGUAAAGAGAGAGUAGAGAUGGCUAGGCUACAAAUGGCAUAUAUUUGUGCUCAGCAUGAACUGAUUCAACUCAAAGCUAAAGAUCGAAGCAUAAACUCAGCAUUACAAUGGGCAGAGACUAAUCUUCAAUCCUUGAAGAACAAGAAUUUUGGAAAAGAAGAACACCUUGAGGCUAGAAUUUCCAGUUUAAACAGUGAAAUUUCAAAAAUAAAAAAUCAGCUAACUCAAAUAAAUAAUGAAAUAUUACCUUCUUUGGUGAAGGAGAAUGCACAGCUAUUGAACAUGCCUGUGGUGAAAGGAGAUUUUGAUUUGCAGAUUGCUAGACAAGAUUACUAUACAUCAAGACAAGAUACAGUAUGUAAUCAGUUGCUAAAACAGAAAGCAUCAUUUGAACUUCUUCAGCUAGCUUAUGAAAUUGAGUUGAGGAAACAUCGGGAUAUCCAUCGUCAACUAGAAAACAUAAUACAAGAUCUGAAACAGAGCAGUAAUUCCCUUCAACAGAGACUGGAGAUGAUGUCUGAACCAUUUAUAUCUCAACAUGCAGUGCCAAAGAACACUGUUGAUUCAAGGGAUAAUGCCUCUCAUAGGCUAUACCAGCUUUUGGAAGGAGAGAAUCAGAAACAACAAUUGUUUAGAACACAUGAAGGCAUGGAACAACUAUCUCAGAAACUAAAGCAAGACAUUACUUCAGUGCAACAUCAGCUAUCAGUAUCAUGUCAAGAACAAUCCCUUUUUUUGUCUAAGAUGGAUAGUGAUUUAGAUACCCUUUGUGAUUCGCUGUAUUGUGGAGGAAAUCAGAUUUUACUUAGUAACCAGGAACUAACAGAGCAACUUUACCAACUGGAAACUAAUUUAAAUAGACUAAACCAACUUAUUAUGGAUCUUCUUGCUGAUGUAAAGGCCAAGAGAAAGAUUUUAGAGACAAAUACGCUUUGUCAGAUGGAAAGAAAAUUGUAUGUGUAUUUUUUCAAAGAUGAAGACUACUUGAAGGAUAUUGUGGAGAAACUAGAGCAUCAGUCUCGGGCUCAAACCAUUGAUCUAGAGAAUUAAACAUUAAAUGUAUCUUUGUUCUGCUGCUAAGAUACAGAAAUAUUUAGUGUAGACUGUUUUAUGAUUCAAUGGAAAAACAAACUUUAGAUAAUAAUAUAUUAUUUUAUCAAAUAUAGCACUUAUCAGCCUCAUCAAGAACAGACUGUAAGCUUCUUUAGAGCUUUUGACAUCCAGAGACUGAGUUCAUAGUUCAGCUUAUGAGUGUUUGCUUUGCAAGAGAGAGAAUGCAUCAAGUAUCUAUCUCAGUUACUCAAUGGUUACGAUACUGCUAGACUACAUAUUGCCCUCUCUUACUUAGUGUGCAGAGUAAAAUGAGGAUUCCUGCCUCCAUGGUAUGCUUUUUCUUUGCCUUCAUAUGUUAUGAAAUCCUCUUCAUAUGUGCUCUACAAAGUUAGUGCAGAGGGGGAACCAAGGAACAGCUGCCGAAUAUAGGAUGCUUCCUUCUGAAGUAGAUGGUUUUCAUAAUGGGAAACUUUUAGAGUAACUUUCAUCCUCUCAAAAGAUUGCAAGGAUAGAAGAUGCAGUUGUGCAAAAGUGACAGCAUGAAUGGGUAUAGACUAAGUGUCUGUGCAUUAAGGAUGUUAGAGCGGUUAUUUGGCUAAUCAUGUAGAUACAGAUUGUAUCGACUACAUGAUUAGUCAGUAAGGGGGCUGCUCUACUGAGAUGCAAUGGGGGUAGCUCCUGGAGCCAGCUCGAGCCGGGACUGAGUCUCGGCUUGGGCUGGCUCUGGACCGCGGCGGCUGUGCACUUUAAAUGUAGUAAGAGCUGCUGGGCUUUUACUAUAUUUAAAAUGCAGAGCCAUAGCACAGGUAGCUCCCUCAUGCUGGAUCUGGGACUGCUUGGGGAAGCCUCUGAUUGCGGCCAACCCAGGCCAUUGCGAACAGGGAUUGCUUGGCAGCAGCAGCCCUUGUCUGCAGGGGGCCCAGUUACCUGCUGGGACCCCCACGGACAGGGGCUGCUGCUGGAGCAGCCUCCCCUAUCCUCCUACCCCCAAUGCCUCUGAUGCCCCACCACACCUCUCAUACAGAGGCAGCAAGGCAGGGGAGAAUCGAGUAGUCGAGUAUUCCACUCAACUACCCAAUAAGCUUAUGAGUAUUGAAAAGUCGACUACUCAUUUACAUCUCUACUUUGCAUUUUGUCUACAAACUGUUCAAAGUCUCUGAGAUUGCCUUUCUUUCCCGUUUGUGUUACUCUUCCAAAAAUGUCCUAGACUCCUGAAGCAAGAGCAAGAAUUUUGAACAUGUCUUUUGUAUCAGAAUGUUCCAAGGAUGUUUGUGUUCAGCAGAUUUUCUGCUGUGAUCUACUUCUUUUUUGGCUCAUGCUAGCAUUUAUAGUAACACGUAUCAGUUUCAGAAUCUUUUAAUAAUUCUUCCAGACUUACCUAAUAUGUAGUAGAAAAAGAUAUUUGACUCAACAAUAUAUAUAUAUAUGUAUAUAUAUUUUGUUGAGUCAAAAAUCUUUUUAUAUGCCUGAUUUGUCGAGCCCUUUAUAUCUAUAUAUCAAACAAUAUAAGAAACUUCUUAUAGAGCAAAGAGAAUUAAAUGUGAUUCAUACAGUUGUGCCUUUUUUUCUACUGUGUUCACUGGAUCUAGAUCCUGAUGGGAGCAACAAUUCUGUUUGCUUUCAGGGCAUAUACAGAUUUCUUCUAUAAAUGUUGGUUGGAUAAAUAUGAGCAAAUUAAGCCUGACAAUUUUUUAACAGCAAGUAACAUUUUUAGUGUAUAAAUAACAUUUUAAAUUUGUUUUUAAUGGCAGAAUAUUAUUUGGUAUUACUUUUAAU